CACAAGCUGGAGCCAUGCCAAAGCUCGCUAUAGCUAGCGAGUUUCUCCGUUUCUCUCAUGUACCGUGCGCUUAAAGAGAGAGCGAGAGGUGUGCAUAUUUCCCCAGGUAUCACCGCACGCCGACUCCACAAAGUGCAUGUGCGGAUGUCCGCUUUAGGGUAUUGCAUGAAAUGCAACACACCUGGGCAACUGCAUUACCUCACCUGGUCUCGGAAGGCUUUUCCAGGUCGCCGUGCUUGUGGAGUAAAUACAUGACCAACAAACUCGCGUGUGUUUCGAGAAGUCAAAAAGAAAAAUGUUUCGUUGCUUUGGAAUGAUUGUUGUGAAAUAAGUGCUUCUCUGGAUUUAAGAUCCAUGGUCGUCUGGCCGGGCGACUGUUUGAAAUGACAGCUGGACGACCAGAUGGCGAACGACAGUGACUGGCGAAAGAUGAGCAAGGACAAGAGUCCGCGCAGCAGCACGUCUGACAACCUGCUGCAGCUGAACCUGAAGGAGCACUACGAGAUCCUGCGAGAGUUGGGCCGCGGCACGUACGGCAAGGCGCUGCUCGGCAAGUGCCGCGAGACGGGCACCAAGGUGUGCCUCAAGAUCCUGCCCAAGUGCAGCACCAAGCUGAGAGACUUCCAGAGGGAGUUCAACUUCAGCUACUUCCUGUCGCCGCACCAGAACAUCGUGGACACCUACAACGUGGCCUUCGAGACGAGAACGUCGUACGUGUUUGCGCAGGAGUACGCCCCGCACGGCGACCUCUUCGACGCCAUCCCGCCGCAGAUGGGAAUGACGGAGUCGCACGCGAAACACGUCAUCAAGCAGAUAGCGUCUGCGCUGGACUUCAUGCACAGCAAGAAGCUGGUCCACCGCGACAUCAAACCGGAAAACGUGCUCGUCUUCGACACCGAGUUCACAAAAGUGAAGCUCAUGGACUUCGGCAUGACCCGGAAGGACGGAAACAUGAUUCGGAAGACGAGCGGAAGCAUUCCGUACACGCCGCCGGAAAUAUGCGAAGCGGUUCGCAACGAGAACAUCAUCGUCGGCACGAGCGGCGACGUGUGGGCGUUCGGCGUGUUGUUGUUCUGCAUGCUGACCGGGAACUUCCCCUGGGAGAACGCCGACAUCGGCGACGUGUACUUCAACGAGUUCGUCCUGUGGCAGAGGAGAAAGACUACGAAACAGCCGUCGCAGUGGAGGCGGUUCACACCGCGCCUUAUGAGAUUCUUUCGCAAGGUGCUCGACAUCAAACCGGAGCGGCGGUGCCAGGUGAAGGAGAUCUGUAAGUACAUUAACGACGAGUGGACGUGCCCCAACAAAGUCGUUCCCGACAGCGACGAGGAGGAAGAGUUGUCUUCCGAUAACGAUCGCAUCGAACACUUGACGGCGCUGUUAGAGGACCAUGGGAUCGACACGAAGAUCGACAAGAGGAUCCGCGAGCGGCGGAUUUCCGAGUGGCUCCUGGCGCUAUGACUAGCCGGGGUCGUGAGGACGGGCCCGGUCCUCGAAAGGACUACGGACUUCCUGACAGACCUUCUGGACGUUACUGUAGACCUCGUAACAGUCCUUCUGCACGUAAGUCGGAUGGUUUUCUGGCCAACGGUGUACGUUCUGACGUGGGUGUUCAUUGUUGCGACUAUUUCCAUUUACAGCAAUUCUCGGACACCUGUGUUCAUGUGAGGAUUUACGUUUUUAUUUCAGACACUUCGGGAGGCCUUGACCUUGACCUAAUUCUUGUCUUGUGUUCAUGAUGUAAGGAUUUACGUUUAUUUCAGACACUUCUGGCCCCUGUUUUAAGAAGAGAUCUUACAGUUAAAAUCAACUUAAGUGCAUUAUGUGGCUAUACAGUUAAGGUGAUCUCAGCUCUAAGAUCGCUCGGUAAAACAGGGCCCAGGUUGCAUUGACCUUGACCUAUUCCUGUUGCGUUUUCAGGAGGCCGAUAGCUCAUGAACAAUUUGACUGGUAUUCAUCCUAUCCUAUUCAGUCAUAUUCAUUGAACAUUUGGAAAAAAAAAAAACAGUUUAGCGAACGACCGCGAGUGCUCCGCCUCCUGAACAUGUCCCAGGCUAUGGUACAGAAAUAGUUUACCUAACCAUUAUGAAAAUAGAAUUAUCUGAUCGACGUAAACCCAUCCAUUUUCGUCAACCUGUUUCUCUGAAGACAGGAAUAGGAAUAAUUUGAAUGCUACAAUAUAUUUCGAGCUACUGCUCGUCAAAUCCGAUCUGAAAUUUGAUUUGGCGAACAUAUUUCGUUAUAAAAUCAAAAAAAACAAUAUUUGAAGAACAGCAUAUUUAAUGAUGAUAUAAUAUUAUUGUGUUACGUUUUGUUUGGUUCAAACAUACAUUACAUUAUCGAAACAGAUUCGACAACAUGCUAAAAUAUUAUUAUUUUUCAGAUCAAACAACGGUAUGCACAAUCCAGACAUCUGCAUUCAUAUAAUUGAAAUUUAUUUUUUGUAUCCUUAUAAUUGAAACAAACUUUAAACUUUAAUUAUUGAAGCAAAAUCCUCCAAAUAAAAAAUAAAAUAAAUCCACCACUAAAUAUUCUAUUUCGGUUGGAUAUUGGACAUCGCGUAUGAAUACAUGCAUUUAUAUGGACCAACUGGAGGUUCACUGGGGCCAGGUUUCUAUUCUGAACUAUGUGUUAAACAAAAACAUCAUUAUUCAUCAACUAGGGAACACUGUGGCUUUAGCAUGUGUCAGUGGAUAACACAGCAGCGGUUCUGAACCAAUUAAAACGGGGAGGGGAACCCCCAGAGUCUACCCGAGGCGAACAUAGGUACAUUUCGAGGAGAGGAGUGUAGUCUAGGCGGAUAUCCACAGGAACGGCUACGGAGAUGUUCUAGGGAGGGACUCAAACGUCAAAAAUGGGGCAGCUACGUGCAUUAUAAAUUGUUAUAAAGGCGGUUUUUCCUAGAACUACAAAGCUGACCAAGAUAUUACAUCAAAAUCACUCAAAAUAAUUAAACCCAUUACAUUUAUACGUUAAACACAAAAUUAUUUUGACACUUUUAAAAACUAAGGGUAGGGGUGGGCACUCUCCUUGGAACCAGGCCACCCCCCCCCCCCCCCCCACACACACACACACACCCACACCCCCCACACACACACCACCACCACCACCACCGAGUUAUCUGCCACCACCCCCCACCCCCGAUUGUAUUGGAUCCUCUCGUCUGGCACCUUGAAGGUGGGGCGUGUGUGGUGGUAUUAAGUACCGAGGGUACACCCGAUUCAGAAUCGCUGCCUUAUGUUCGAGACAGACUGGUGUAGGCGGGGCGUAGCACGUCAUUUGACAACAGAAAAAUACUUUGCUAAAAGUCCUCAGUUUCGGACAUCUCAGGACGUUUUAAAAAUCACUGAAAGUGAUCAAAACGCACCGCGACUUUACUUUUACGCCGCGCCACGCCGCGCCACGCCGCGCCACGCCGCGCCACGCCACUCCGCGCUGCAUAAUUGUCUGUCUUAGGCAUUAGUCCCAAGAAAACCCCCAAAUAUUUGGAUGCAUGAUCGUCAUCAAAUAUCCAUCCAUUUGUUGUACAAAGACUUGUCAAAUCGUUCGGUGUUGUAGAUAACGUGUCUAUGUACAUUUAUCAUAUGACGUAGCUACUGUGUGAUACUGAUCCCAUUCUUUCCAUCCAGUUGUUGUCACGUGAUAUAACUGUAGCGGUAUAAUAAUUAUAUCCAUGGUUUUUUUUUUUAUACAUGUGCAAUCCAUCCAGAGGCGCUUUUACCAGGGUGUCUACGGUAUGCAGGAAUUGUAGUCUAGUUUUGUUUAGUGUUAUUUUUUUAUUUUUCUUCUAGAAAAAAUAAUGAAAUUGACGUACUAAAUGUUUUUGAAGUAGCUCUACUCAGUUUAAAAACUGAGACUAAUUUUUAGAUCUCAAUCUCUCGGUGUUAAUGUUGAAAACCAGUCACCGAUUCGCCUAGAUCAUAGCGUACCAAUGUUGACAACCAGUCGCAUGUUACUCUUUUAACGUCUAGAGUCUGCUGCGUUAGCAUGCUAGGGUGCUUCUUGUUUUUUUACCAAUCUUAGGUAAGUUUUUUUUUAGUUUAAACCUCUAGCAUACUGAGGUUGGACCUUUAUCGGAAUUUACCUCCAUUCUUAAGCAUCAGAGGCGGAUCUAGUGGGGGCAGGGGCCCGCCCCCCCCCCCCCCCCCACCUAAAUUUCGCGAUAGUUAUAAUUUUGUUAUAUAUUAAUUUUCAUUUUUUUACGAUCCCCUCCAAACCUCCCCCAAAGUUCCCUUGGCAUUCCAUCUCAUGUCACUGCCCCACCCCCACCCCCACCCCCAAUGGAUUUUUUUGAUCCGCCACUGAGCAUGGUAUGUUUGCAAACCGGUCAAAUGUUAAAUCUGAAUCCUAGCACAUUAGCGAAAUUGCUAGCCCGAGUACUCUGACUGUAAGACAGCUAGACGGACAUUUGGAUGGUUAUUAGCCCUUACAAUUUCCGUCUAGCUCUCUUACAGUCAGUACUCGGGCUACUAAAUUGCAUGCUACUUGGCUAGCAGUAUUGUUAAUUUCAACUGCUAGACAUUUAGUAUCCUUAGAUUGGAAACUAACCAUACUUCACUUCUUGGCCUGUAACGAGAUUUACAUUUGUGAAUAUUUUUGGAAACCGAUAAAAUAUUAAUGGUUAUUCAUGGUUCCACCUCCUUAUUCGUCAGUUAAAAGCAAAGACUUCACCCCCACCCCCUCCAAAAAAUAAAUAAAAAAUCAUGGUGAUUUUUUAGAAAUUUCACGAGUUAACGAAUAUUGCAUAAAUGGACAGUCACUGAAAGAUUUGGUUAUGUAAGCAUUCUAAAAUACGCACAUUUAGUUAUUUUCUACUCCUUUUUAGUUUUAACGUUUCACUCCUUCCCUAAUAAAAUCGAUCAUCCAUCUCUGCAUAUUAAAUAACAAUUCAGCACCGUGGCGCUCUCUAAAACAUGGCCCGAAAGGGAGAUAUUUUCCCCUUCACCGACACGUUAGCACAUGGGCGUACAUAGGGGAGGUUCGAUGGGUUCGACCGAACCCCCCCCCCCCCCCCCCUGAAAUCGCUUUUUUAAUAAUUUAAUAUAUUUGACAUUGAUAUCUGACAUUAUUAUAUUUACUCAACAUAGAAAUAUAUGCCCAAUAUCUCUUCAAUCUAUUUUGGAACCCCCCUUUUCAAAAUCCUAUGUAUUAGAAUGUACGCCCAUGUAGCAGUAGCCUUUUGUUAUUUGAAAACUUUAUUAUUUCCAGGACAUUGUGCACGGGGGAUGGUGGGUAGACUAUGGCGAGCGACGUUCUGUUUUUUUCGGUCGGGGGUGAUCGGGUCAUGUUCCCCCAGAAAAUACAUUUUAAAAACAAACACACCCCUCCUUGCAUUUGUGAUAUGCUCCGACAGCUGACGUAUACUUUUGUUUUGAAUUAAUCGCCAAUAAACGUCUCCCAUCUUCUCCCAUCCACGAAAGAAAAACAAAGGUUAACCAGGGCUUUGGUAAGAUUCAUCAAUAGUGUUUAAUUCGCCACUCAGUCACUUGUUUGAAUUUCACCUGUUUCAGUGUUGUGAAGUAAAGUGUUGACUAACUUACUGUACAUGUCGGUGUAUUGAAGACUGGUGUUUGUGCAGCGCCAGGUAUAUUUUUUAUUAAACGAAGAAGCAAUAAUGAGGAUUAAUGCAAACGUCGUGUUUGUGGUGUUCUAACAUUCGUUUACACUACGUGUUGUUUCUUUGUCUGUUGAUAAUAUACAUAUGUGUAUAAUCAUGUGUUAUUUGUGUAUGUAUGUUUGAUGAUGAAUAAAUGAUAACUUCUU